GGGUAGACGGUGGAGACCACCUCGCAUUGACGUUUACGCGCGGAGAAGCGCGAGCCGGCGUGCAGGGGAGUCCGUGUGAGUACGAACCGGGACGCAACAGUCGCUCGCCAGACUUCGUGCUGGAACUGUCGUUCGGAGGUGAUGAUUUCACGCCGUUUUCCCAUCCCGUUCGUCCCGUGCCUGUUACUAAACGACAGACGAGGAAAAAGUGCAACGAACCUGGCCUCCUGGGGGUGAGUUCUCGGCGAAAAAUUGCGGCGAGGACGCGUCGCGCGCGUGCACAGGAUGGUGAACGGUUCGCGAACGCUAGCGGAGACGUGCCGUCGGAUAGCUCCUGAUAAAGUUCUCCUUUAACCGGAAGGAAGUCGAGUAAUACGUAAGGUUCCGAGGGUGGACCGGUGUGGCGUUAGUCGCGUGUCUGCGUUUGUCUGGCGCCGUUUGCCGUUGCAGCCUCGUCCCACGGCAGAGUCGACGCUCGAACCCGAGGGUUUAAGGCGUCCGGGGCUACCGUGAAAAAUUCACGCGGAAUCCGAGCGUUGCACUGGACCAUUCGCCGUUCAUCAUCGCCGAUGGAAUAUAGAUAAAAGUGGGUCCAAAGGAUGGCGAUAGGAAGAGGAUCAUCGGUGUAAUAAACGACCGCGGCUCGCCUGGAGGAGUUCCUUGAUCCUUUGUACCUGCCCUCGCGAGACAAUUUAUUCCCCGCGUAUUCAAUAUGACGAUAUCGGCGUCCACCGAGAGGAUGGAAACCACGAAGGAGCUGCCUAAGAAGAAGCUUAUCAACACUAAUCUCCUUUCACUGAAGCUCUUAUUAUUCCUUUUCUUUGGAGGAAUGGGCUGCCUCUUCCCGUUUCUUCCGCUUCACAUGAUGGAAAUGGGCCUGAGCAUCGAGCAGAUCCGAAUGAUCUCGAUGGUUUCGCCGGCAAUAGCGAUCGUCGGGCCCCUGGUCGCCAGUCCCAUCGCCGACAAACUCGCGGGUCAUCAGGGAAGGAGCAACAAGUCCUCGACGGGUCGUUACCUCAGGGUGAUGAUCGCGAUCGCCUGCAUUCUGUCCGCCAUUUUCUACGCGUUUCUUCUGAUCAUUCCAACCGUGGACCACGUCGAGCUGCCCAAAGGGAGAAGGCCAGGCCUAAAGUUCAACUGCGACCAGACGGGCGCCGUGGUGUUGCAAGAAAGAUGCAAGGACCGCGUUUCUUGUCACAGGUGGUCCGACGAGACCAGAGUCGGUCCGUUGCUUCUGGAGGAUUGCAAUUACGCUUGCUAUCCUGUCGGCUCGAAACGGUGGCGGGCGGACGACAGUGGUUCUGCUGCUACCGGAACCACCGACUCUAAUAUCGCUGUGGAGGGAAGCGGCGAGACCACGGUGAUUCCUCUGGAGAGUGAAAUGUAUGCGCAGGAUCAAGAAGAAUUCAAGAAGGUCCGAAGAUUCGUAAUGGCCGGCAACGAGCCACCGCAUAUCUGCUUCAACGAGAGCGACAACGUGGUGUGCCAUGUUUACACCGAAUACACUGGUACUCUGGCUGUAAACGCUACUCUGGGCCAAGCUUUAAACAACGAAAGCGGCAAAGAGUGGUGCGCCUAUCCUCUGGCCGAGUACUUCGCCUGUCGUAUACCACUAGAUCUGAAGGCGAGGAUGGCAGAGGUGUACCAGAGUUGUUCCAUCGAAUGCAACUUGGUCGAUGCGUACACUCUCCCAGACAGUGUUUUCGUGGAAAGCCAGUGCCAACGGGGAGAGAAUUGGUCGCAUCUAGUCUUCUGGACGUACUUGGUUAUACGAUCGGUCGCUGACAUUUUUCCAACGACAGCCGUGGGCCUAAUCGAUGCUGCAGUGGUGAUAGCGACGAGAGAAACGUCCUGCGGGCGCGGCGACGUGGGUCGCCAAUUAGCUUUCGGUUCCUUGGGUUUUGCUAUUUUCGGCCCCUUAACCGGCUAUCUCUGCACCUUGAUAGAAAACCUGAACUCUUUCUAUUACCUGCCGAUCGCUCUGCAUUCAAUUAUGAUGCUUCUGGCGGCCGUUGUUGCUAUCUGCGCCAACGGUAUGCCUUUGAGUCCUCCAGAAUGGUGGUGGCACACUAGAAGCGGCAUGCUGGCACUUCCCAUGAGCGCUGUUAAAAGAUACGGCAGCGAGACUGCUGCUUUGGUGGUCAUCCUUAUUGUCAUGGGAACCUUCUGGAGCGCCAUGGACAGCUAUCUGCCAUUACAUUUACAAAAAUUAGGAGGUAACGAGUUUCCCAUUGGCGUAGCUAUGACCGUGGGAGCUGUGCCAGCAUUCUUAUUCCUCUGGAAAUCCGAGCAUCUCGUCGACUAUUGUGGUCACAGUAAUCUUCUCAUCACUGCCUUUACCGUGUACAUUAUUAGGUUUACUGGAUUGAGUCUCGUCUCAGGACCGUGGUGGUCCUUGGUUUCGGAGGCUCUAGAAGUGUUCACCCUUGGGAUUAUGUGGGUUACUGCCAUUCUGUAUCUGAGGCAUCUUGUCCCGCGCCAUUUAACCGUAACUGCCCAGGCAUUGCCUGUGAUUGCGCAUUUCUGUAUCGGUCGGUGUACCGGAGCUGUGAUCGGUGCUUACAUAAACGUAGACGACUCUGACAUCGUUUACUCGUUAAGAUUCGUGUAUCGUUACAUGGCCAUCGCAGCAGCAGCAGUUGCCGCCUUAUACUUUGUCCUCUAUCACGGCCUACUGAAGCCACGUUGUCAUGCGCACACUAUACAGGGCCCUCGGCAACCCCCAACCGUUGUACAAGCCGCUAUUAAGGAGUAUGAGCUGACAAUGAACGGAAAUGGGAAUUACACACCGCUCAGAGUCUACCACAACGGUAUGGGCAGAAAAGGUCAAUUCCGCUAUUGAGGAUUAAGAAUGGAAAGGGAGAGAGAGAGAUUGAGAUUGAUAUUCAGAGAAAAGGACGUUAACGACACUCUAAAUGUCAUGUUACGGUGCUAGAAUUUAGACUGUCGCUGUUUAUUCCGAUUUCAAGUCAAAAACGAACAAAAAAAAAUGAUUAUUGUUACGUGACGCAUUGUUAACGAAAUUUCACGAUUUCCACUAACCUUCGAUACUGUCAUUAAUUUCCGUCGUACGACCAGUGAAUAAGAGAUUUAUUUGCUCAAACUUAUUUUAAACCGUUAAUACGAUCUUUGAUAUGUACCAAUAUGAGAUUAUAAAUUCAUAUGGAAGUACUCAAAUUUCGAGCCGUGCUCGUACACAUAUAUUUUAGUUGAAUUUGUUUUUGUUAACGAUCUUAACAAAAAUACCGUAUUGUCGAUACAAUCGAAAUCGUUGAAAUCUCCAACGUAUAUAUUUAUUUAUUUUAAUCAUAAUUCAUGAGUAAUUGAUUUCUGUCUUUUUUAAAUACAAAUGAAUCUUGAAUUAGUAAGAAAAGAAUGCCGUAGCGGCUCAUAAUUUGCGAGUAUUUAUAAGUAUCUACAUUUCUAAUAGUAGUAGCAUACUCUGACUUCAACAAUCAUACCGACUUGAAGCGUAAUAUAUUUGUAAUGCUUUGUAAUUCGACGAAACCAUUUUAAUAAUUCUUACGUUCGAUCAUUUGUACACCAAACUGCGAUCACGCGACAAGAUUACGUGUUCAAACUGUUUUUAAAGCAAAAAAAUUUCUACGAACUCGUUAUACUGUAUAACUAUGUAUGUUAAGAGAGACCGUUUAUCUCUGCGUAGGAUAAAACUUGAGCCGACAAAAAAGAAAAAGUAAUAUAUUGAAUGCCGUAUGUAUACGCGAAGGACGAAACAAAUGAGAAAUAAAUAAAUCUGAAGAAUUUCUGUUUA